AUGUCCUCACCUACCUCUCCUGCAGAGUCAACAUCGACCGCCGCAACAUCGACAGGCCCAGUUCCAGGAUUGCUAUGGGUAACCACAAGCAUCCUGAAUAAAAACCUGCCUCCCUCGCUGCUUGACGCGUGGUAUGAAGAGCAUCUGGUGGAUGUCCUGGCUUGUCCCGGCAACGGCGGCCUUUUCCUUCGAUACAAAAACACUGAUCAGACCGCCGACACCUACGUGGACCCUAAAUGGGCAGAGCGCGUCACACCAUCCGCAUCAGAGAAGUGCAUUGUCGAGACACUCUGGCCCAACCUCGCCUUGGUGAAGCUGAGCGACUUGGCCUGGCUGACCAGCAAGCAAUUCGAUGACAUGCCCAGAACUUCCAAGUUGUUACCUCCCGAGCCAGACGGGUCGAUGGGAAGUGCAUUCAGCUGCUGGAACGGAGCUCUGCGCAGCUACGAGACGGUGGGCAAGAUCGAUGACAACACGGGAAGCGCCAGUCGGCCCAAGUACCUGCUCAGUGUACAGACAAAGGCUGCUGAUGAGUCCGUCUGGGAGGCUCUGAACAACAAGUAUACGAAACUGCCCGGUUUCCGGGGCUCAGUCAGAUACCGAAUUGUGGAAGGUUUGUUGGAGUUCGCGGAACCGGGUACAAUGCCAGCUGGGAUGGUACUGUACGAGUUUGACGGCGAAGCACCUCCAUCGGUGCUCAUGGAUGACCAUCAUCUCAGAGCGGACGUAUGGGAGUUGACCAGGGAGGCCGGGGAUCUGUCGCUUCGCCUGUAA